AUGUCUUCUGCCUGGCGGCGGGAUAUGUGGUGGUCCGAGUAUUUCGAGCGUUGGCGGAUCGACACUGCAUACCGUCUUCUGCGCUGGGUGUAUGGCCUAAAGAAUGACCAUCGCUGGUACCCGCAGGCACUAAUUAUGCAUAUCGACGAGAACCCGGAAUGGCUGGUGGAUUGUCAGAAGCUAAUUGCUGUUGCCGAAUGGAUCAAGGAUGGAGCAGCAUCUAAUAUUGUUGCCGUGCUGUGUGAAGUUGGCGAAUCGUGUCUGAACGCCCAUCACCUGGUUGUGUCCUAUGAAAAUUUGGGUGAACUGAAUGAGACUGCUUCUGCAGUGAUACAAUGCUCCGGCUUAGGCAUCUUGAGACCGAACACGAUUAUAGUUGAUUACCCAAAAUGCGGCUCCUGUGCUAAUUUGUAA